AUGGGUUUGUUCACCGGGCAGAGAAUACCUUUUCAGGCCUCUAAACGCAACGUCUUCUCUAACUUGACAAUCAACUCACUUUUCGGACUAGGCAUAUAUCUUUUAUACAAGGACCACCAGCUCAAAGAAGCGAAGAAAAUUGAUCCACCCCGACUUCCCGAUCCUGGUACCAUGCCUAUAUCCUCAGGCAGUAAAGUAACACAGGCGAUUUCAAAUCUGUCAUACCGAGAGCUUUCUUUUAUCGUGGUGGGUUUCGGUUUUACAAUGCAAUUGGCGAAUAUGGCACACAUAUCUUUUGGGAGGCAGUCAUCUUUAUACAAACUAGGUGUCGCGUCUGUUAUUCUGUACCUCCCACUGACUUCCUAUUUGUAUAGCUCACGCAUACAAACAAACGGAAGUUGA